AUGUAUAAAAACGGACCACCGCCACCUUAUGAACCACCUCCAUAUGCCCCACCAGCUUAUUCUCAAACUGUAGGAGGUGUUCCACCUGCCAGUCCUUUUACACCUGCACAGACAUAUGCGAAUGGACCUACCAUAGUUACAACCAUUGUGCCUCUUGGACCUGGAUCCACGCAUACAAUCUGCCCACAUUGCCACGCUGAGAUCGACACAGCAACGAAAACGGAACCCGGCAUGAUCGCCUAUAUUUCGGGAGUCAUCAUAGCGUUGUUGGGGUAG